AGCGAUUCUUAUGGGUAAGAGAAGAUUGGAAGAGGGAGAACAACGCUGCUCCAAUGUGUUCGUGUCUUUCUCAAAGAGGCGCAAAGGGCUUUUCCAGAAGGCGAGCGAGUUGUGCAUCAAGUGCGGCGCACAAGUUGCCAUUGUCAUCCUAUCUCUGAUGGGUAAUCCUUUCGCUUUCGGGCACGCUUCGGUGGAUGAGGUUCUUCACCAUUAUCUUUGUCAAACGGCAAUCAAUCCCAGCUUCAUCACUGAUGAACACAGACACCAGAACCAGAUAAUCGAAGGCCUCAAGUUUAGCCUAAAACAGGAGCAGAAAAGAGAGGGUCUUGAUGAAGAGAGUAAGGUGGUGUUGGAACUGAAGGAGUGGAUUGAGAAAGAGUUUGAGGACUGUAAGACUACUACUUCUGUGGAAGAUUUGGAGGGUUUGAAGCAAAAAUAUGUGGUGUUUCUUGACCAAAUCACUCAGAGAAUAUUGGGGUUUGGAAGUUCUACUUCGUUCGUGGAAGGAGGAAAAGAUGUUGCUAUUACCAACGAUGAAUGUGGCUGCACUCCUUUUGAUGAAGAAGAUUUUGGUAUUUCGUUAUCUGAUUUAUGGUCUUGAGAUAAGUUUAAUUUAGCUACUAUCA